CUCCACUAAUCAAAUGGAACCCAAGAAACCAGGCAACCACAAUCCUCUGCUCCUUACUACGGAGUACAGGUUGAUCUCGCAGUUAUUAAUCUGAAAUUCACCGCUUUGUUGCUCCGCAACUUUUCUUCUCCACCAGCGCCAAGGGGUUGGUUUCUCAGGCCGUCGGAUCCAUAAAUAAACCAUCCCUCGCGAUCGGAAAAUCUUCCGAACAAUAACAUACUACAUGGUAAUAUGCAGCUUCCAGACUGAAACAACCAUGCUGAAAUGAACCAAGCAUUACUUACCUGGCUCUACAUAUUAUAAUAAGCGGGCCAAGGGCCCACGUUUUUCGCUUCGAUAAGUCGCGCUUCCCUAGUCGCAUAUGUAUAAUUGGCAAUUCUUGCCCCGAGUCCACCUCUUCUGUGCGAUUUCUUAACGAUGAUUUUAAUUCCUCUCAUUCCUUGAUUUAACUAUUCCACACACCCCUAUCUUCCCAUUCCUUUUGCGGCACGAAUUUUCAUGACGCUCUCGGGUUUGUUUGACGGUAAACGAGUGGGGCGUCCGGCAUUCGCAUUGUCGAAUUUGCUGAUCGCGCGAUUGACGCAUUCCGGGUAAAGUUAGAAUUGCAUGCCGAGUCACUCGCGCAGUCGGGACCGCUAUCGCGGCGAGCGGGAUCCGAGCAGACGACGUUAUCGCGAGGUUUAUGAUGAUGAUGAUGAUGACGAUGACGAUUUCGAUUACCAUCCCCGUGAACGAAGACGAUAUAGGCGUGACGACUACAAGCAUGAUAUACGAAGCCAUGAAUCUCCAGACUAUGAUGACGAUUUGAAUGAAUAUGAUGUUGCUACGGAGGAUCCUGCGGUGCCUCUAAGAUCGCAUGAUGUGGAGGGAAGACGGAGAGAGAGGUCUAGGGCACGAGGUUCGCCAAUUGCGUCGCCGAGCAAGAGAGACAGGAAUCGCGAUAGGGAGGAAUACAGAAGACACAGAAUCUAUGGUGACGGUGGUAGUCCUACACGGGGUGCAAAGGACCGGAGGCACCGCAGUCGGGACGGCCAAGGGGAACGACCUCGCGAUUUGGAUAGAGAGGCGCGAAGGCAGAGGCGAAGGGAAAGGACACGCGGCGCAGCAGCAAUGAAGCAUAAGAGCAGUGACUCUACGAAUAGUGGAUCUCAUCUGUUGAGUGCUGAUGCGUUGGCCAAACUCCGCUCCCAUUAUGAUGAGGAAGACCAACGGGAAAGAUCUCAGGCAGAAGAACAGCAUCGGACGAAGAGCAGACGCCAGCGCAAGCGUCCUGUUGUUGGCGAUGAACCGCAGACUCUUGCCCCAUUCCCGGAGGAGACGCCUCGCGGGCAGUCGAAAGGCAGAAUCGUGUCCGGUGCUUAUCUGGAAGAGGGUAGACAUCCAAAAAUGGAGGUUCGGCAUCGCGGAGGUGGUGGUCCAGCAAUGGAGGCUAGAUGGGGGAAGGAGGGUAAUUGGGAUGGAAGUAUGGAGGGUUCCGAUGCACAUCCACCAUUCUGGAAACGGAAGAAAUGGUGGAUUGUCAUAGGUGUUUUGAUUCUCAUGCUUGCUAUUGUUAUCCCAGUUGCUGUCGUCGUGUCUAAGAAACAUGGCCACGAUGAUAAUGACUCAGGCUCAAGCUCCUCCGUCGAUAACAGCGACUCGCCAUACACCUCAAGCUUGGAUGGCCUAAGUCACGACAGCAUUCCGGAAUAUGCUCGAGGAUCAAUGCUGGACCCUUGGACAUGGUACGACACUAGAGACUUUAACUUGACCUUUACCAACGAGACGGUCGGUGGCCUUCCUAUCAUGGGGCUAAACUCCACGUGGGACGACUCAACAAGUCCCAACGACAACGUGCCCCCUUUGAACGAAUCCUUCCCGUAUGGAUCGCAACCAAUUCGCGGUGUGAAUCUUGGGGGAUGGCUGUCAAUUGAGCCCUUUAUUGUCCCUUCACUCUUUGAAAGCUACUCCAGCAAGGACGGUAUUAUCGACGAGUAUACAUUGUGCAAAAAGCUCGGAUCGUCCGCUGCCUCGAAGAUCGAAAAGCAUUACGCCGACUUCAUUUCAGAACAGGAUUUCGCAGACAUGAGGGAUGCAGGACUGGAUCAUGUUCGCAUCCAGUUCUCUUACUGGGCGGUGACGACGUAUGACGAUGAUCCCUAUGUCGCAAAAAUCUCAUGGAGGUAUCUCUUGCGAGCCAUUGAAUACUGCCGAAAGUACGGACUCCGCGUUAACCUGGACCCGCAUGGCAUCCCGGGUAGCCAAAAUGGCUGGAACCAUAGCGGCCGCGAGGGAAUCAUCGGCUGGUUGAAUGGCACAAACGGCCAACUGAACAGACAGCGCUCUCUGGAUUUCCACAACCAAAUCUCGCAGUUCUUCGCGCAACCCCGCUACAAGAAUGUUGUCACAAUUUACGGCCUCGUCAAUGAACCACUCAUGCUUUCGUUACCGAUUGAGGACGUAUUAAAUUGGACGACCGAUGCCACCAAGCUGGUGCAGAAGAACGGUAUUUCAGCCUAUGUCACCGUCCACGAUGGCUUCUUGAACUUGAGCAAAUGGAAGAAAAUGCUGAAGGACCGCCCGGACCGGAUGUUCUUGGACACUCACCAGUACACCAUCUUCAACACGGGACAACUUGUCCUCAAUCACACAGACCGGGUCAAGCUCGUCUGUAAUGACUGGUAUAACAUGAUCAAAGAGAUCAACACCACAGAUGCAGGCUGGGGUCCAACCAUCUGUGGUGAAUGGUCCCAAGCUGACACCGACUGUGCCGAAUACCUCAACAACGUCGGCCGCGGUACCCGCUGGGAAGGCACUUUUGCUAGAGACGACUCAACUGUCUAUUGUCCCACCGCUGACACAGGCCCAACCUGCAGCUGUGCCUCGGCCAAUGCCCCUCCCGCCGAUUACUCAGACGGCUAUAAGAAGUUCCUUCAAACAUAUGCCGAAGCGCAAAUGUCUGCUUUUGGAACAGCCCAGGGCUGGUUUUAUUGGACCUGGCACACCGAGUCCGCUGCCCAGUGGAGUUAUAAAACGGCUUGGAAGAAUGGUUAUAUGCCGAAGAAGGCUUACGCUCCAGAUUUCAAGUGUGGUGAUGACAUUCCGAGUUUCGGAGACUUACCGGAAUUCUAUUAGUCGAGUUUUUUUUGUUUCAUUGUAUGUUUCUAGAUUUCCCCUUUUUUCUAUUUUUGACCUCGGUUCGCGUUGCAUACUUCUGCGUGGUGGGCUACGGUUGUAUUUCAUUUUGCCCAUGGGACACCCACAUGAUUUUCUCGGUCUUCCUGUUGUAUAUACAUGUUGAUAUUCUAUUCUUACUGUAACAAAGGAUUAGGAGGUUGUUUAUAGGGUCUUUGAGUUAUAUAAAUAGUUAUUGUGCUCAUGAAC